CGACGCGCGACUCACCACUACCACAAGCACCAACGGCGACGACAGCACCGCCCAGCCCAAAUCCGUCGCGCGCACAGCAUCCAUCGAUAGCCCCGUCACCCGCCUGCCCGCCCUCCGCGCCAUCGCGCCUCCUUGCCUCAUCGCACCCCGCGCCUUCCUUCCUCCCUCCUCCUCCCACACCACCACCAUGUCCGACUUCCCGUCAAGCGGCAAGCUGAACCGCGCCAACGUGCUGCCUGCCGCGCAGCUGGCGACCAAGACUCGCGCGUUCAGUCGCCUCGUCGCCAUCAUCAGCGGCAUCGCGACCCUCGGGUCGCUCGGCCUGGCGGGCAUCGAGGCGUGGUGGUCGUCCACCUAUGCGCACUACUACACCGACUUUGUGGCCGACUUUGGCGUUGCGCACUCGUCCGGCGCGACCCGCGUCGACUUGCCUGUCAAGGUCAAGGCGCUGCAGGGCUUUUCUGGCAGCAUGGCCGGCGCGCUGCUCAUCCUCGCGAUCCUGUCGCUUAUCGCGUUCAUCUUCUCCGUCAAGAACACGGUCGCGGUUUCCCGCCCUCUUCCCUUCCGUAUCCUCUGGAUCCUCACGCCCAUCUUCGGCAUCGCCGUCCUCGUCCUCAACUUUAACGCGCGCUUUGUGUACAAGACGUCGCUUCGCCAUAUCGGCUCAAUCGACUACUUCAAUGCCCACAAGGGCCAGGAGAUGACCGCCGACGAGGUGUACAAGGCUGGUUUCAGCGUCUGGGAGCGAGACACUAUCGGGUCCUGUGUCGGCUCUGGCGUGAUUGGCAUCCUUUCGCUGUUCCUCGCCUACUACUUCUUCACGAUCGACCGCAACUCGCGCCGUGGCGCGACCCUCUCGCAGAUGAACUACGCCGACCAGACGUACCACCUGGAGCAGUACGGCGACCGCAGCCUCGAGGAGCCGCACGACCCGUACCUCGACACGUCGCUCAACUACGGGUACGCUGACCGCAGCGCGACGCACAGCCCGGCGCCGCACGGCCGCGACGCGAGCCCGGCACGAUCUGGACGCGACGCGAGCCCCGCGCGCUACGACAGCGAUGCGCGCGAGGUGAGCCCCACGCCCGAGGGAAUCGCCCGGAGCGACCGGUACGACGACGACCCGCGCGAGCUGGGAAAGUAAGCACGCACGCAGACAAGCGUCGGGUAGGCGACGACGACGAGGUGGAGGAUGCUUGACAACGACGUGUAUACAUUAGCCCAUUGCACGAUAUCUCUAUGCGUGGGGUGUGG